AUGCUUGACAUUGCGCUGCCAUUCGAACUGCCAACAACCUCUUUUGCAACAAGUAUGGAUACAACAGCACCGAAAUCUGUCAUGGCUUCACCCACCGGAAGCCAGGAUACUACCGCAACACUUCCGCAAGGCUCAACAUCGGGCUCAGCGACGACGAGUCAUUACGGAUGCUUCAUUACAGCUCUGUCAAUUGAGCUCAUCCAACAUAUCAUCGACGAUAUUCCCUAUGAAUCACAACUCGACUUUGCGUGCACUUGCAAAAGACUUGCAGACUGCUCUAGCCGGGUCUUGAAGCGUCACCAAGAAGCUUUCAAGAAGUACCGGGUAGCAUCAGACAUUUCUCCAGUCACCAUCCCAACAUUGCUACGCAGCGUCUUUGGACGCGCUGACCCAAUCCUCGCCUGGCAUGUUCGUUCGAUCGAGAUCUGGUAUGAUCGCACAAGCUGGCUGGACUGGAAACCGCUUCAUUUCGACCAGCCUCUGCAUGAAGAAGACAUUGAUGUUGGCAGCACCUCCUGGAAAUGGCAAGAUGAUGAGCUGGAGGAGUACCUCGAAGAUAUCGAGGAUCAAUUCGUUGCGAUGACUGAUGGUGGUGACGAGGAAAAUGACAUAUACACUGAGGCCCGCGAGCAUUUCGAAGACGGUCUCGACGGCAUCCUAAAGGCGCUUCUUAUCGCGUAUUGCCCAAGACUAAGGGACGUCAGAUUCGUCACGCAUGAGCACAAGCAGAAGUCCACGCUUGGCUGGCUCAGAAGGCUGAUCCAGGGCAGCAUCCUGCAUGGCAGCCACUGGCCUCCUGGUCUUUGCAACCUCCAAAACGUUGCCGUUGGCGUCGAGUCAGACACGUGGAUGACGACACGGCACACAGAGAGCGACCAAGGUCAUUUGGACGGAACGAACAAGUCUAUGGAAAUCUUCUCCACUCUAAUGCGCCUACCUCGCCUGACCUCGAUCUAUUACAACGACCUGCGGCGCACAAGCUGGGACGACCAGACCAAUUUCGAGUCACGUACUCUAAUUCCUAUGCACUCUUCCACGGUCAAGCACAUCUUCCUUGACGACUGUGGCGACAUGCCGUAUUCCUUUCGCUUCGCUCUUCCACGUGCCCCUCACGCCCUUGAGACCUUUACGCUGCGUGCCGGUAACUCCGGCGACCGAAUGGAUGACGCCGACCAGCUCGUUCAUGGUCUCUGCAAAGCGCAGGACAGUUCCUUGCAUACUCUGAUGUUCUACGGUCCAUACAACUGGAAUGAGAUCCAUGGGUAUCGCUGUUCCGUCUACCGCAACGAGGAGCUCAACGACUCGAACAAUCUGGAGACGGUGGCUAUCAAUAUCUCGGAUGUGGAACUGGACUGCUUCUACUCAACAUCUGAUUUCUCCCACGAGGAGAACGAGGAGAGGACAAAAGAAGAAAACCGCAAAUACUUUGUCAAGUGGUUUCGCGAAGCAGCAUUCCCUGAAACCACUCAAAGGAUCGUGUUCUGGGGUAGAGUCGAUGAAUGCUAUAUGCCAGGAUGCCAAGGCAAGUUCCUCGACUGGCUGGAGGACGCCUUGAUCAAUGUCAUUGAGUCAUGGCGCUGGAAGGAGGGGUGGGACUCGGCAGACGAAGAAGAGUUUGACAAGCUUUCCACUGCUUAUGAGUCAUUUCUGCCAAAUUUGAAAGCUGUCUAUCUCGAGGAUAUCGAGCGCCAGUACAAGACUCGGAGGUCACAACAUUAUCAUGAGAUUAAGGAACCAAAGACGGACAAGGUCUACUUCAGGCGACUUGUUGAGGUGGCUAAAGAGGCGGGGAUUGAUGUUUAUACGCUGACCAAUCGCGCGCCGCCAAAGCACUCACAUGAGUUUCCUACUGCGCCGGAUAAGUAUGAUCUGAGAUCUGGACCAUGGUGGGAGCGGAGAGAUGAGACUAUGGAUUGGGUGUUUGACGUUUACAAAGGGAGAAGGGUGCCUCCUGGGUGUGGGAAGUGUGGCAAGUGCGAGAAAUGUCUGAGCGAAUACGUGAAGGAGCUGUGGGAGUCUCUGGACGAAUGA